AGAAAGAGAAGAAAAAGAGUGAACAAGACGAUCUGUUCACCAGUCACAGGGACAGUGAAGAGGAGGAGGAGGAGGAGGGAACUGGGAGUGGUCUAUUCAGUAGCACUCGUAAAGGAGGAGGGGGACUCUUUGGAGGAGACGACGAUGAGGAGGAGGAGGAGCAAGAGAGGCGUGACCGAGCGGAGUCUAAUGUCUCAUCGACCGGGAGUGGGAAGAGAAAGAAGAAGCUGCCAUCAGGAGCAGUACCAUUGUUUGGAGGAGGAGGGGGAGGGCUCUUUGGAGGAGAAGAUUUGGAGGAAGAGAAAGAGGAGGAAGAAAUUACUAAGAAAUCAAAGAAGAAGAAACGUGAUGGAAGUGGUAAAAAGAAGAAAAGAGACAAGAGAGCGAGUGAGAGCGAAGAGACAAAGCCUCCAGCUGGUAAAAAGGAGCCAAACCUGUUUGGAGAUGACAAUGAAGAGGAAGACGAUUGGAUGACAGAAAGCACCACAAAGAAAGAAAAAGAAACGGCCAAGAAGAAACCUCCACCCACUGGAGGAGACCUUUUCAGUACUCUUGACGAUGAUGAAGAACCUUCUGGUGGUCUGUUUGGUGAGUCUCCGCCCUCUGCCCCGCCUGUAACUGAUACCGGCAAAGCUAAGAAGAAACCUGUUGGGGGAGUGUCAAUGUUUGGUCCUGCAGGAGGUGACUUGUUUUCAAAACAGAGUGUUGGUGACAGUGAAGAUGAAGAAUACAACAGCAGUGCCAAAGCCACUCCCACUACAACCAAAAAGCCCCCAGAGCCCAAGAAACCCGUUGCUGGGGGCCUCUUUGAUGAAGAGGAAGACGAGGGUGACAUAUUCUCUCAACUCUCCACAAUGAGCAAUAAACCGACUCCAACCACUACAAAGAAGAAGACGACAUUGUUAUCAGACGAGAGUGAUGGAGGAGGAGGAUUAUUUGGGAGUUCACCUCCUCAAGAGAAACCGAAAGAGGAGGAGGAGGAGGAGGAAGAGGUUAAGCCUAAAAAGAGACUGCCUGGGGCAGUACCUAUGUUCGGUGGUAGUGAUUUAUUGAAUGCUAUUAAUAAAAGGAAGACUAACUCUGCAGCUGCUGCCGCUAGUCCUACUGAUGACUUGUUUGGAUCUUUGAAAGAUGACGAGCCUAAAACACCUCCAGCUGUGAAAGAAAAGCCUAAGAAGUCUGAUAGUUUGUUUGAUGGAGGUAAUGAUGAUGAAGAUGAUGAUAUAUUCUCAGCUCCAAGAGGAAGGUCAAGCAGUAAAAGAGGAGGAGGAGGAGGAGAGAAGAAGAAAUCCACACUCUCCCACAGUUUGUUUGGCAGUGAAAGUCACGAUGGAGAAGGAGAUGAGGACGACCUCUUCUCCAGUCCACCACCAAAGAAAGAAGAAAAGAAAAAGACUACUAAGCCUCCUCCCUCAGUUACUGAUUCAUUAUUUGACGAUGAGCCCGACCCAUUGGGAGCACCAGCCCCUCCCACACAAACAAAGAAACCGAUCAAAAAAGAGGAACCCCCUCCACUUUCACCCGAUGAUCUUUUUGGUGAUGAUCCCCUCGGAGGUGGUACGCUCAUCACACCCAAACCAGCCCCGCCCAAACCGACCCCACUCACAGACGACCUCUUUGAUGACGAAGAGGCAGAAAGAGCUCCACCCAUCACUAGCACGACAAACAAGCCACGCCCAGCAGAGAAGAGCAGCGGUGGUGGUCUAUUUUCAGAUGAAGAUGGAGACCUGUUUAGUUCAAUGACAGCGACAGGAGGAGGGAAGAGAGAUGAAGGAGAGAAAGAGGAGUCUCCUGUUGUACAGAAGAAGAAGAAACCAGCUGGAGCAGUCUCAAUGUUUGGAGGAGGAGGAGACCCUAUGGGUAUUGCUGCUGCUGCUGCAGCUGCUAAAAGAAAAGGAAAGAAACAAGAUGAUUUAUUUGCUUCUUCUCCAACUGGUAAAGAUGAUGAUGAGGACGAUCUCUUUUCAGAAAAGCCCCUCCCACCUCCAUCUGUUGCCAAGAAACCAGUUCGACCAGCAAAGAAGAAGGAGGAGGAGGAGGAAGAACAGAAAGUUGAGCCCGUCAAACCAUCAGCAAUGAAAUCCAAUAGCAAACUACCAGGACUGAUGAUCAAUCCUCAUGCUUUGUUACCUGGUGCUACUCCUCCUAGCAGAGCUCCUCAAGAAACUGCAAUCUCUUUUGAUCAACCUGCUCAAGCAAAGACACUAACCUCAAUGACAAAAGGAAGAGCAAAAAGAGGCAACAGACGUCCCCCCACUCGUUUUGCUGGUAAAUCUUCAGCCACACCUCCAGUUUCUCCACCCACUCAAACCAUAGAUGACGAUUUAUUUGGCGAGUCUCCACCUACUUCUUCUGGAGGUGGUGGUGUCAAAAAGCCCAGCCCUGUCACUAAGAGGAAGACGGACAUGUUUGGGAAUGAUGAUCUGUUUGAUGACACAAGCCCCAAACACGCUAAACCAACAACAGUUUCAAAACCUCCACCUGACGAUCCACUUGAUGACCUUUUUGACUCGUUCCCCCAACCUUCAGCAAAACCAAAGGUCAAAGACCCGCUCGGCGGUGAUGACCUUUUUGGAGAUAAUGAGCCUCCGGUUGCAAAACCCGUUAAACAGGUUAGGACUACAGUCGACGACAUUGAUGAUCUGUUUGGAGAGCCUAGUCCAAGACCUGUUAAGCAAGCUAAGAAGCCAGUGACUAAUGACGAUGAUGAUUUGUUUGGAGAAAGCGAUAGAAAACCAAUCAAACAGGUCAAACCAGUUGUUAGCGAGGAAGACGAUUUGUUUGGCGGAAAACCGAAAAAGUCAGCGAAACAGGUCAGACUGGUUGAAGAUGACCUCUUCGACGAUCCAAAACCGGUCAAACAGGCCGAGCCGACUAAAAAACAAGAUGGGAUUGAUGAUUUGUUUGCUAGUCCCCCUCCACUGCCACCUGCAGAUGAAGAGGAAGGAGACCUAUUCACUUCACUUGGGCCAACCCCUCGUAAACCGGAGGAGAAGAAAGCAACACCCAAAAGCACGCCCAAAAACAAGAAAAAGAAAGAUAAAGAGGAACCACCACCUCUUGCUCCUCCUCCUAGUAUAUUUGAUGCUGAUCCUGUUAGUACUGGAACUAAUGCUGGAGGGGGAGGAGCCCCAGUUGAUGAUAUAUUUGCGUCCAGUCCUCCUGGAAUGAAAACUGAUAAAACGGUUGAUGAUGUAUUCUCUGAAGAUAAAAAGAAAGCAAAGAAAGCGAAACCAGGAGCAACAAAAGCUAAAGUUAGACCUGAUGACGACCUGUUUGGUAACACUGAUGACAUCUUUGGUGGCAUUGAAACUAAAAGCAAAUCUCCAAAAACAACAAAGAAGAAAAAGAAAACAACCACUGCUUCAAAGACAGGCGGUGACAAAGAAGGAGGAGCUUCAUCUGAGGCCCCUCCCACUGAUAGUGAUCCUUUAGCUGCUGGUGAUUCAUCUGCCACGAAGACAACAAAAGCAAAAAAGAAAGUGAAAAAAUCUGAAAAGAAAGAGCAGGAUGUUUCUUCAAUUUUUGAUGAUGGACCGAGCAUUUUUGAUGAUCCAUUAAGUGCCCCUUGAGAAGCUUAUUAUUGUGUUAUCAUUUAUAAAUUUUAUUAUAAACUUUGUUUGAUAUUAUGAAAUAGUGACUUUAUGACGAUUACUGCUGAAUUACAUUGUAUCUGUCUCUCUCUCUUUAAAGUUUUUUGAUUUUGUCCAACAAUAUUAUAUAUUAUAACUAUUAUGA